AUGGCGUCCCAAACUUCCACAAUCAUCAGCUCAAAGUUCACAGAGCAAGACUGGAUCAUCCACAUUGAGCGCACCAUCGCCCUCCCGGACCUCGACGCCGUCGCCCAGGCCCGCCCUUCCAUCUUCCACGUCCCGGAAUCCGUCCGCAUCCGCAACCGCCACUCCUUCUCCCCUCAGACCGUCGCAUUGGGGCCGUACCACCACUGGGUCCCCGACCUCUACCGCCUCGAAACCCUCAAGCUCGCCGCCGCCAAGAGGGCUCACUCCAAAUUCCGAGUCUCCGCCGAGUUCAAGCACUUCGUCGACGAGCAACUGGCGGAGCAGCUCGCCCCGGAUCUCCGCGCCUGCUACGACGCCCACCUGCCCAUGAGCGACGCCGCUCUAGCCUGGAUUAUGGCCGUCGACGGGCUCUUCCUCCUCGAUUUGCUCUACGGAGAUCUGCAGGACGAGGGUCUCACGAGAGACGUCCUGUUGCUGGAGAAUCAGAUCCCGAUGAUUUUGUUGACGGAGGUGGUUUUGGGGAAAUUCAGUGGCAACACUGACGGGUCAAUUAGUCCGACGGGUAGGGAUUUGAUUUCCGUUUCGGUUGAUUUCUGCAGACGGGUCUCGCCCCUGGAAUUGGGAUUACCCGACCCGAAUCCGGAACCAAAGCAUUUGUUGGAUCUCUUCUACCGCCUGCUCGUUGGUGCGAAAGAGAAGCCGAAAGUCAAAUCGGAAGGAUACUCCUCCGACGAAAUCUCGGCGGAGAAGCCGGGCAAUUGUGUUCAGAGUCUCCGGCGGAGGGUGCUGGCGUGGCUGCGGAGGGUAGUUUCGGAAGAGGACGCCGCCGGUUUUAUCCCGUCUGCUUCCCAGCUGCGAGAUGCAGGGCUGAGAUUCCGGGUCGUGGAAUACGGCGGCGUUUCAGGGAUAUGUUUUGACAAGAGGUUCAAAACGCUCAGCCUUCCGUCGUUUAGCUGGAAGCCGCACUGCGACGUCGCUUUGCGGAACCUGGUCGCGUACGAGGCUGCGGCGGAGCCGGAGCGGCCGAUCCUGGCGCGGUACGCCGAUCUGAUGAACGGGUUGCUGCAGUCCGCCGCGGACGCCGAGGUGAUGGAAGAGGAAGGCGUUACCGUCGCUGCCGCAGGCGGCGGAGCGCUGGAAGUGUUCGGGCGCGGGAUGGGUUUGUCGAACGUCGGCGGAAACUGCUCGACGGCCUUAGACGGUACCAUUGAGGCAGUGAACGAAUUCUACAGGGAGAAUCGGAAGGUGGAGGUGUGGAAGACGGCGAAGAGGUACGGGAAGCGGGCGACGGAGAUCGGGACGUUCGUGGCGGCGCUGGGGCUGUUGGUCUUCUUCUGCCUGCAGAUUGUUUUGGGGAUUUUCGAAGGUGGGAUCUCCGGUGUUUCUGAGAUGACGCCGGCGGCGGGAAUUGCGAAGAUGUUGCCGGGGAAUUCCGGUGGGUCCUAUCUGCCGGAAUCUCAGUAA